AAAACUAUCAGUCCAGAAGCGCCAAAAGUGACAGUAUCGAUAGUUUCUCUGGCAGCAGCAAUAGUUCUACUGACAGCACCUGAGACAAAGGAUCUUCCGAUGCCAGAAGAUGUAAAUGACUUCGAUCCAGGACGCUUCCUACAACUGUUCGGAUAUCAGAAACAAAGAAAGCAAAGUGUUUUUAUGGCAGCUGAGAAUGCAGCAAUCUUCGAAGAAUGGACAACGAUGGAACGUGAAAGACGACGAUUACGAGCACUGAAAAAAGAGCACCGGAAAAAGGAAUUAGAAGAAGCAAAGGAGGACGAGAAGAGGAAAUGGCUUUCUUUUAAUGCAAAAGCAGCAAGUCGAAGCAUGAAAGUAUUUUUUUGA